AUGGAUACGGUUGUCUUACUUACCUGGUUGUCUUAUGGAUACGGUUGUCUUACUUACCUGGUUGUCUUAUGGAUACGGUUGUCUUACUUACCUGGUUGUCUUAUGGAUACGGUUGUCGUAGAUAUGUCGGUGUCUUGCUGUCGUAGUCAUAUAGUUGUCUUCGUUACUUGCUCACUUGGAUACCCUGUUGUUUUAGUUAUCUUGUAUCUUAGAUACAUUAUCCGCUUAGAUUUGUCGUUGCCUUGGAUAUCUGGCUGUCUAAUUUAUCUGGUUGUCUUAUAUUUCUCGUUGUCGUGGAUAUCAUGUUGUCUGAACGAUUUCGUUGCCUCAGACACAUUAUUGCCUUGGUUAUUUCGUUACCUUAGUAACAUUGACAUCUUGGAUAUACUGUUAUCCCGGUCUCUUGUCACCUUAAUCGACCUGGAUACGUUAUUUUAUUUGCUUCUUGACGCUCUUGGAUUUAAUGUUGCUCUCAAUAUUUUGCUGGAAUUAUUUGAUAACAAGACCUAUCUAGCCUUUUGUUUACAUAUUGCAGCCAAUUCUGAAUAUAUUUGCACUGCUCCCAUGACGCUAUAA